AUGUUCACUAUUAUUCAUGUCUUGCUUACUUCUGUUUUUCUAACAGCUCUGGGACCCCACAACAGAACAAUGCAUUUUGUGACUGAGUUUAUCCUCUUGGGUUUCCAAGGUCAAAGGGAGAUGCAGAGCUUCUUCUUCUCAUUAAUCCUGGUUCUCUAUGUCCUCACGCUGCUGGGAAAUGGGGCUAUUGUCUGUGCUGUGAAAUGGGACAAGCGGCUCCACACACCCAUGUACAUCCUCUUGGGAAACUUUGCUUUUCUAGAGAUCUGGUACGUUUCCUCCACUGUCCCAAACAUGCUGGUCAAUAUCCUCUCUGAGACUAAGACCAUCUCCUUCUCUGGAUGCUUCCUCCAGUUCUAUUUCUUUUUCUCAUUGGGUACAACAGAGUGUUUCUUCUUAUCAGUUAUGGCUUAUGAUCGGUACCUGGCCAUCUGCCGCCCACUACACUACCCCUCCAUCAUGACUAGGAGAGUCUGUGUAACCCUGGUCUGUGUAUGCUGGGUGAGUGGAUUUCUCUGCUACCCAGUUCCCAUUGUCCUUAUCUCCCAACUUCCCUUCUGUGGACCCAACAUCAUUGACCACUUCGUGUGUGACCCAGGCCCAUUGUUCGCACUGGCCUGCAUCUCUGCUCCUUCCACUGAACUUCUCUGUUACACUUUCAACUCAGUGAUUAUUUUUGGGCCCUUCCUCUUCAUCCUGGGAUCUUAUACAAUGGUCAUGAGAGCUGUGCUUCGUGUUCCCUCUGGUGCUGGUCGAACUAAAGCUUUCUCUACAUGCGGGUCCCACCUAACGGUGGUGUCUCUAUUCUAUGGAACCCUCAUGGUGAUGUAUGUGGGGCCAACAUCAGGGAACCCAACAGGAAUGCAGAAGAUCUUCACUCUGGUAUACUCAGUAGUGACUCCGCUCUUAAAUCCCCUUAUCUAUAGUCUCCGAAACAAGGACAUGAAAAAUGCCCUAAAGAAAGUCCUGGCAUUAACACUUACCCAAAACUGA